AUGCUCUCCUUCUUAGCAAAAAGAGUUCCACGCACAGUAACUGCGAACCAAAACCCUGUGAUCUUUGAUGGAGGGCGCUCUCGCAUCGAGUUCAAGGCUCCGACCGACCGAUAUUUAGUGGUCAAUCGUUGGCCACCCAACUCGGGUGAAGCAAACAGAAACAUCGCAUUACGACCACCACUCCACUGGCACCGUCACCAAACCGAAACAUUCCAUGUUCUACAAGGAACUGCUGAGUUCUUGUAUAAUGGGCAAAAGAUACUUAAGAAUGCGGGGGAUUUGAUCACAAUCCCAGCCAAGGCGAUUCAUACUUUUCGCAAUUAUAGCGAAUCGGAGGAACUGGUAAUCGAGUUUGUUCUUGAGCCGCAAUGGCGAGAACGAGAUGAGGCUUUCUUCCGAAACGUACAAUCUUAUCGAGAUGAUUGUCGCAAGGCUGGAGUGCCACGGAGUUUGCCGCAGGUCCUGCUAUUCAACUGGGUCGGCGGCGUCGUUCUUGCUCUACCAGGGCCUGCCAUAGUAGCGAAACCCUUGGGGAUACUGUUGAAUUUCUUCGGCGGGCUCGUGCUGGGAAAGUAUAUUUUGGGUUACAAGAGCUCCUAUCCAGAGUAUUACAAAGUCCUAAUUUAA